AGCCAUUCUCUUGUUCUCUUCCUCUGUCUUGUUUCCGCGCCGCCCACAGUGAUGGAGCUCGAAGAGGAAAAGAAAUCGUUCCAGGUCGAUGCGGCAGAUGGGGACUCGCAGCCAGACCCCGACGAGCAGCUGAUGCUGGACCAGGGCAAUGGCAGAGUCUGGCUCGUCAAGGUCGAUUGUCCAUGUCCGAGAAAGUGUUCGAAGGUAGUUGACCGGCCCAGGUACCCAAACACCUUCUCGAGCGCUGGACAGCUCUCAACAGAGAAGACUCUCAUCUUGCCACUGUCCGCGUAUACUCCAAUUGCCCUCCGAACAACCGAUCGCGCAUGUUCUUAUUCCUACCACCCAACAUCGACCCCAGCCGUCCGCAGGUCCCAAACCCUUCCGUGAAACCGAACCGGCCGCAUUUCGCGCACGCAACGAACUACGUUAUAGAAGGGAGCGACGAGCCGGACUGUUAUGAGUUGGACAUGGUGAACGACAAUGUAGAAAAUCAGGUGGUCAUCGCGGAGCGGCCGAAGGACCCGAGCCUGAGCGCCUCCAAGUCGGCGGCGGCAGCAACCGUCAACACCCGUGCGCGCACAACCAUCCUCACGGGCCGGAUAAAACACGACUGCAACAUGCGACCGGCGGGGCUCACCGCGAGCUACCGCAAGCAGAUGCGCGAGCGACAUCUCAAGGCCAACACGGCGACGAGACAGGUGAAGCGGAUCGAGGAUGCGGGCAUCGCGGGUGGCCGGGGUGCCGUCAACAGGCUCACCAGCGGUGUCAGCACCGGCGCUGGAACAGCAUUCAGCGAGCUCGUUAAAACGAAACCCAAGCCUGCCAAGGGCCAGUUCGAGCGCAUGGCGCGUAUCCCGCGAAACCAGCUUCUCGAUCUGCUGUUCCAGGUCUUCCGGGACCAGCCAUAUUGGGGUAUCAAGCCAUUGCGAGAGCGAACGCAGCAGCCCGAGGUCUACCUCAAGGAAGUGCUGUCGGAGAUUGCGUUCCUCAACAAGACAGGCGAGCAUGCAAGCAUGUGGGAGCUCAAAGAAACGUUCAAGGACAAGGACACGUCUGCGGUGCCGUUACCGUCCGGCGCGGGCUUGUUCAGUUUCGGAGAGGACAUGAAGAUGGAGGAGGGUAUGGACGACGACGAUGACGACGACGACGACAUGGAGGAGGUUGCUGCUGAUUGAGGACUGUAUUUAACUGACAUACAUAUACUGUAUCAUACUAUUACACACAUGCACUAUCAUGACUAGCUUUUUGCAAGUCAAAAGGGGAAUGCAGUCGGAUCCUUCGGGCCGGUCAUGGCUGACCUUACAUAUAUACGUUUUUGACUGCGACCGCUACCAUGCGUCUGGAAAGGCAAACUACCAACAGGUUGCCAACACCACAUACAUGAGCCGCCUUCCUCAUGUAUUCGAAGAAUAGCUGAGGCCAUGCUUGAUGCGUACGACUUCGACGAGGACGUAACGAGUGUUAUGGAUUUUGCAUGUGGAUCAGGGUCAAUUUCUCGUGGAUUAGCACCAUUUGCUCGCAGGAUCGUCGGUGUAGAUAUCGACGCGGCAAAAGUAAACCUAUUCCAAGAACACAUACAAAACCAAGGGAUACCACCAGAAGAGAUGCAAGCUAUUUGUGCCGAUCUGAAAGGCAAGGCAACGGAACUGGAUGGGGAGAAGUUCGAUAUCAUCGUCUGCUCUGCUGCAUACCACCACUUCCCGGCUAUCGACGAAACCACGCGCACACUCGCGUAUUUCCUACGCCCAGGCGGCUGCCUGCUGGUAGUCGACUUUCUCUCAUCGACCACGCCCAUACCAGAAGACGUCCCGCACACACACGGUUUCUCGAAGAAAGAUCUACGCCAUGCGUUCGACUACGCAGGGUUGAUCGAGGUGGAUGUAACACAGUUGGCGCGCGCGAGGUUUCACGGAGCAGUCGUCGAUCUAUUCUUGGCGCAAGGCGUGAAGCCGGCACAGGUCCAGGACACUCGUUGCUAGAAACGGCUGCAUUGAAAAAGCCAUACAUAGCAUCUUAUGUGAGGUUGCGGACGCGACUCCCGUAUGUCCGCCUUCACUUUCACUUCAAUGUUGUUCAUGCGAGACGCUUGUCAAUCGGACUUGACAUCUGGUGCAUCCGGGCGGAGGCGGUGCAGUGCUGAUAUAGAUAACCGAUCGGCCAGCGAUCACUUCGUCUAAAAAUCUAUGCGAUUAGUUGUCCUAGCAGCGCAGCGGCACUGAAAGAGUGUCUCUUCGAAUUCGCUCCCGUUUUUAAGCCUCAGCGGGGGGUACUACUUUCUCAGUUCUACCUGUACAAAAUCUUCACACGCUGCCCAAUAAAGGCGGACAAUCAAUUUAUCCGUUCAUUCAGAUCAAGCCGAAAAGUGCCCUGACGGCCCCACUUUUGUUUGUCGGCCAUUGGCCUGUCGCAGCCGAGGUUGUUGCUUUCUACCUUUCUUUCUUGUCCCUCCUUCCCUCCCUCCCUCCUUACCCCUCCCUCCGCCAACUACUCACCUACUAACUAAUCGAGUCAUGUUCACUCCCCAACUCUGCAUCAUGGCUCUGACGGCCUUGGCAACAGCCGUUGCUGCUGAACCACACAAUGGUCUUUGGUCACGACAUCAUCAUCAAGCCAUUGCCCGCGCGGCGCACGCAAACGCAGGGGAGUUGCUGGAGCGCUCCGAGAACACGAAGCGGUCUGCGCGAUCGAUCGGGCGGAGGAUGUGCAAGACACCAUCGUCAACGUCAAGCGGUGCCGUAAAUAUUGUUGCGACUUCCGCAGUCGCACAGGCACCGUCCUCGACCGUCGACCAGACGACAGCGCGGCCGUCCUCUUCGGCUCCGGCUACAGCCGCGCCCCCCAAGUCGAAAUCGCCGAAGCCUUCGGCGACGACCACUUCCACCACGAGCAAUGCUGCCUCCACGGGUAGCAGCAGCUCCGGGUCCGGGUCCGGUUCCGGGUCUGGAUCGAGCAGCGGUGGUGCUGGUGCGCUAGCACUAAGCUCCCUGUUCCCACUGGGACAGGGCUCCGACUCAUGGUCGACUUCCCCCAAGGCCUCGUCGCCGCUUCCGCUCUCGGAUGCGACGUUCCAGGCCAACAGCGUGCUCAAGGCGCUGACUCACACGUACAUGGCGGCUCCCGAUGGCAAACAAGCCAUGCAGGCGAUCUACCCGCAGGGGUCGUAUGUCUUCACCUCCGGACACGAGGGCGGGUUCUCGUUCUACGCGCCGGGCCCGAACAGCCUGGAUAUGACAACGGCCAAGACACUGACGUUCGGGUACUCGGUGUACUUCCCAGCGGACUUUGACUUCAACAUCGGUGGCAAGCUUCCUGGAAUUUACGGUGGCAACACUGAUUCCGGUUCCAAGAGCUGCUCUGGCGGUCGUCGCUCAAACGAUUGCUUCUCCGCGCGUCUGAUGUUCCGUAAAGACGGGGCGGGCGAAUUGUACACUUACUUGCCCCCAGGUUUCACCGCCAACAAUCGCGUGUGCAGUAUCGGCCCUAAAUCAGAAUGCAACCCGACGUACGGCGCAUCUGUCGGGCGCGGCUCGUUCUUCUUCAAGGCUGGCGAAUGGACGACCAUCUCGGAGCGCAUCCAGCUUAACGACGUUGGGCAGGAGAACGGCCGGCUCACGCUCUGGGCGAACGGCCAGCAAGUGAUCGAUGUGGACGGACUGGUCCUGCGAAACAGCGCUGCGGGUGUCAUGCGCGGCAUCCAGAUGCAGACCUUCUUCGGUGGAAGCUCCGUUAGCUUCGCAUCCCCCAAGACCCAGGAUUCGUACUUCUCCGACUUCUCGGCUGCGAUCAUCGAGAAGCUGUAGAGUGCCCACAGCUGAACCACGACACGACCGUUACGUCGCGCCCCCGCACGCAGUGUUGGUUCCGACCGACCUGAGCGAGGGCUCCCUCAUCCCGCAAAUCCAUAGUAUAUCAUGUUAUCGAUCCACGAGUGCUUUGCCGGUCACGCACUUGUAUUUUCAGUGAAAAUAUCGAAUAUCCCUGGCCUGGGCCGGGGCUGGAUUCACUGUAAUCUAAUUCAUAUAUGAAAUACAUUGUCCAUCCGAUAUAUCCGUCAUCAAGCCGAGAAUCGAGCUUUGUUUAUGUCCCUA